CAACCGCUCUGAAAACUCUUAAAACGUGACGCCGCCGAUUUCGUGUGUUUGUUGUGCCUAAAAAACUGCUGCACAUUUGUUUAGUAAUUAUUAUAUGCUUUAAACAGUGUCUAAAAGACAUUGCUAUUUCAUCGGAGAGGGCAAGCUAAAAGAGCGUGGCGAAGAGCGUAUCGCAUAUGUGUCUGUAUGUGUGAGAAAUGUUCUCUGACACCGACGACGGCCACGAACAACCGAAUGGAGGUCAGCGCAUCCGGAACGUGCUGACCCUGGAGGAGCGGGUGGCCGCCAUCCGGCAGUACGACAUAGUGCCGAUGUACAGCAAGAUAGCUCGCAACUUCAACUGCAGCUGGGAGCAGAUCAAGAGCAUAGUGACGAAUCGCGAGGCCAUACUGGAGUUCCAGGAGGCGACCAACCGCCUGAGCCAGCCGGCCAACAAGGAUGCCGAGCUGCGCAGGCGCAAGCUGAACUUUCUGGGCCACUGCCUGUACGAAUAUAUCCAAAGGGCGCAGUUUUAUCUGCACAGCGACAUCAACGAGGAGAUGAUUCGCAACCGGGCCAUAGAGUUUCGGGAUCUCAUGCGUUUGGAUGGCUUUGUGCCGAACAAGCCGUGGAUCAAUCACUUCAAGGCGGCCUAUAACAUCACCCUGUCGAAUCGGCAGAUCACCAUAACCCGGCGACCCCCGAGAUCGAUGGACUUGAGGGACAUAAUGUCCUACUGCGGACGACACACUUCGAUGGCCUGCAGUCUGGUGCCGAGAUCACCGGAAGCCUCAUCAUCGGUCGUCGAUCGUUCCCUGUAUCGCACCAAGACUUUGGUGGCCACCUCCACCCAGAAUCAGGCCACCUCGGAUGAGGUGCACCUGCGUCGCAAGCGAAAGAUUGCCUUUCUGGAAAAGUGCAUGUACGAGUACAUCCAGCGAUCCCAGUUGCACAACAAGGGUCGCCUGGACAUGGACAAUCUGCGAUCGGUGGCUAUUAGUCUAAGGGAUAUUCUCAAGAUCGAGUCGUUUUUCCCCGAUAAAGUUUGGUUCAAGCACUUCAAGAGUCGCUACAACUUCACCUUCUCCGUGGGAGUUCCGGCGACCAGUCGUCGGGUGCCUUUGUCUCUGGAUCUCCGGGAUAUAGUCAGUUAUUGUGGGAGGAACGAGCACAAGAUUACGCUGGCCCACAAGAAGACGCAGGAUCAACUGAAGGCGGGCCUGGUCCACUUUCCCCCAGUGGAACCAAAGCCCGAGGAUGCGGAGCCCGAGGACGAUGACGAUUGUGUGGCCAUCGAGGUGCCGCCUGAGCUCAUAGAAAUCAAGGAUGAUGAGGAUGACGACUCUCUGGAGAGGGGAACUAAACGGAAGUUGGAGGAGGAUGAAGAAGAAAUCUCCUGUGGCCUGAAGAUUCAGAAGAUUCAAUCGCUCAGUGAGACAUUUUCGGACACAGAGGAGCUACCACAUGCCAAUAGUCCCGGUCAUUAUUCGGAGACCAGCGAUGAGGCCAAUCUGCCGCGUUGCGUGGAGAGCUACAAGGAUGCACUGCGUCUGCUGAAGCCCCUCGAGGAGUUCGCCCUGAUGGAGGAGAACUACCGAGCCAUCGGGCUGCUCACCCAGCUGGAGAAGAUCUUCGAGAGCGGCGCGAAAAAGAAUGAGGAACAGGACAAAGCCAUGGAGUAGGAAGAAAACCAAAUACUUAUGCCUUAAGUUUGAAAGUGUAUGAACUUUACGUAAUUUGUUGUAGUAGAAAUAUCCCAUGAAGGGUGUAAAUA